AGAUAUCGGUUAUAUGACGAACCGCUUGUAUGCAAAUUUUGGUUAUAUGCAAAAUUUUCAUAUUUCAACGCAUUAUAGAACGUUUUAUUAUAUGAAUUUGGUUGUUUGAAUGCAAAUCGUUUAUAAGCAAAUAUCGCAUUUAUGCAAAAAAAUUUCAGCAAAAUUGAAUCGUUACGUACAAAUUUUAAUCUGUUUUAAGCAAAUUUUCCAACACUGAAACACUAAAUUUAUUCUAUCGAUUUAUCGAUUGUCAAACAUAUGAUUUUGUGUUACACUUGUUACAAUGUCGCGUCGUGUUGUGUUAACAGCGAAACAAAAAAUUGCGGUUUUAAACGAUUUAAAGACUUCCAAAGACCGAAAAACCAUUGCUGCUAAAUAUAAAGUUAGCUUAAGCACUAUAUCGCGCAUUCAAAUCCAAGAGAACAAAAUCCGCGCCAUAACAAAUCCCAAUAGGAAACGGGAUAGGAAAGGCGCACACGUGAAUUUGGACAGAACCUUGUUGUCCUGGUUUAACCAAAUCCGGUCCCAAAAUGGAAUUGUUACCGGACCUGUCUUGCUUUCUAAAGCACAGGAAUUUGCGUUAAAAUUAAACGAAAGUUAUGUGCCAGACCGUAGUUGGUUGCAGCGUUGGUGCGGGCGAAAUGCCCUUAACUUCUCCAAGAUUUACGGAGAAGCUGGCGAAAAUAACGCAACAAGUGCAGAAGUUUUCACUACUAACCGUUUGCCUCAUAUUAUUGAAAAAUUUUCGCCGGAUUGUAUAUUUAAUGCCGAUGAAACCGGGCUGUACUACAAGGCGUUGCCAAAUGGAAGUUACAAAGGCAAGUAUGAGAAUCCAAAGGGAUUCAAAACUCAAAAGCAACGCCUCACAUUUCUGUUUCUAUGCAAUGCAACCGGCACGUAUAAACGUGCAUAUUGCAAUGGAAAGUCGGCUAAACCACGGUCUUUUAAAGGAAAACAGCUACCGCUGCCAUAUUAUAAUAAUAGAAGUGCUUGGAUGACGAGUGUUAUUUGGAAAAAGAUUCUAAUAGAUCUCAAUCAAAAUCUUGAAAAAGAUAACAAGCAGAUAUGUUUGAUUGUUGAUAAUGCUCCUUGCCACAAUACAGAUGAGAAAUUCUCAAACAUUACGAUUGAAUUUUUGCCACCAAAUACAACUGCCCUUAUACAGCCACUUGAUCAAGGUAUCAUCCACUCCUUUAAAAUGGAAUAUCGACAAAUACUAAUAAAAAAACAAAUUUGUGCGUUGGAGAAGGGCUUAUCUAUAGUUGAAUUCCUGAAAUCGCUCACUAUUUUGGAUGGUAUCAAUUAUGCAAAUCGCGCUUGGAACCUUGUUAAGCAGCAAACAAUUAGUAAUUGUUUCAAAAAGGCAGGCAUUGACAACAUUCAAUUCAUUACAGAUGAGAUUGCAGCCACAGAAGGCGAAAACUAUGAAUGGUGCACACUCGAUAAUGAAUACAUUCAAUGCGAUAAUGAACUUGUCUGCUUUGGAACCAUGUCGGACGAGGAUAUUGUUGCGGACGUAUUGGCCGUCAAUCAAAAUUCUACUGAAGAUGAGGAAGUGUUCGCGCAAUCUGAGGCUUGUAUUAAACACCCCUCAACGAAAAAUGCCUUGCUAAGCUUAGAUUCGCUGCGUGACUAUUUUUGUCAUAACAAUAUAGAUCCCUUAGAGGCUUUUGAAGAUAUUGAAAAUUUAAUCCUAGAGAGUUCUGAAAAACAGAAAUGCCAGAAGAAAAUAACAGAUUUUUUAAGUAAAUCUUAACAAUUUUCAAAUUAAAUGAAUUGACUGAAGUGAAAUAUAAUUUUUAUUAAAACUGAAUAAGUUUAUAUAUUCUAUUUCUUGUGUGCUAUUUUUUGUUUACAUCGAAUUGAUUGUGUAUAUGCAUAUAUUUUGCAUAUAAGCGAAUA